UCUCUAACGUUACCCUUAGUGUCAAGCAAGAUGGCCAAGGGGAAGGUGCUAUCCGUGUGCUCUCUAGUCAUCCUUUUCCUCGCCAUUUGGUUCAGCAGGGAUGACGGCCACUCGGUCCUACAGGAAAGGUUACAGGAGGUCCUUAAGGCCAUGCUGGAGGUAGAACAGCAACAUCCCGUGGGCAAGGUUCGCAUCGCUGUGGGCUACGGUGCGUGUCGAGAUGUGUUCGUGCAGGGCGGGCAGCUGCUGGGUCCCCUCGCGCCCCCCUCGGCUGCCGCCCACCACACUCGCAUCACCUCCCUCAAGGAUCUGAAGGAGGUGUACGCGUUCUUCUUCGCGGCGGGAUCUGCAGCGGAGCGAUAUGUCAGCAACGAAACCCUAUUCACCGAGAUCCUGGAAGCUGCCGAGUCCCUGCCAGGCGCUUACUCUGCUGUGGGGGGGAACGCGCCGGUCAUGGCCUCGCGCUUCGCCAAGGAGGGGGCCCAGGUGCUGCUUGCGGCCAAACGGAGCCCGUAUAUAUUAAAAGACAUGCCCCCAGGAGUUGUGGUCGGAGGCGCAGAGACGGAUGGCACUCGGGACAUCCACCUCAUCAUAGAGUAUAAGGCGGGUGACACCUGGGGGCCAUACCUGUCACCCAGAGCCAACAGGUUCAUCAUCCACAGUGACUCGUCCAACCCCACACUGAGCACGGUGGAGACCUUCGCGGAGCAGCUGGCCACCUUCCGCCCCCACCUGUUCGUAGUGGGCGGCCUGCAGAUGAUGGACAAUUUCCCCUUCACACCAGGCAUGAUGGAGGCGCGGCUUAAAGCAGUAAAGGAACAGAUCUUGACGCUCCCGGCCAGCUCACGGAUCCACUUUGAGAUGGCCUCCUUCACCGACGAGGCACUUCUGCACGGCCUGGUGGAGAACAUCCUGCCCUACACCGACUCCCUGGGCAUGAAUGAACAGGAGCUCCCCAACCUGUACAACAUGCUGAGGUACGGCAACGUCACGCUGGUGUCGGAUUUCAACCCCAGAGUGGCCGUGGUGCUGGACCAGAUGCGACACGUGUUCAAUCACUUGGGCGGGGACUCCACCUCCGACAGCAACCGAAGCAGCAGCAGCAGCGGCCGGCGGAGACUGACACGGCUGCACCUUCACACCCUCGCGUUCCAGGCCAUCAUGGUACGGAAGGGUGCGCGCUGGCCCAACACCCUCGCGGCCGCCACCAAGGCUGCCCUCACCGCCAACAGACAUGUGUGCGGCAACGCGGAGAUCAGCCUCGACCACGCCCGGAUGCUGAUGGACGAAGGCUUCACUCUCUCCGAGGCGGCGGGUGCUGGACGCAUCAUGUUUGACAACCAGCGGCCUGUUGCGUGCUGGACGGAGGACGGGGGCAUGGUGGAGGUCUGCAUCGCCCCCGUGUUAGUGUGCACCACCGUACGACACACGGCCGGCGGGGGGGACAACAUAUCAGCCGCUGGUCUCAUACUGCAGGUGUAGGGGUGAUGGUGUGUGUGUGUGUGCGUGUGUGUGUCUAGAUGAGUGGAAGAAGGAGGGAAGAUGGGAACGGACGAAGAAUGGAGGAAGUGAAGAGGGGGUGGAAGGUGUGGGGGUGAUGGUCUAUGUGUGUGUGUGUGUGUAGAUGAGUGGAGGAAAGAGAGGAGUGAAGGAGGAAAGAUGGGAAGGGACGGAAAAUGGAGAUACAGAAAGGAGAGGGGAAUGGAAAGUAUUGGGGCGAUGGAAGGGAUGAGAACGGGGAACGGAAGGAAAUGGAAUGGUUAUAGGUAGUUGGAGGGUUGAGGGAAAGGUUUGGUAGAGAUAGACUGUUAGACUGAGCUGGAAAGAGACUGUAGAAUGACCAAGAGAUGAAGGAAGAGGAACUGGGACUGACUGGAGAAAGACUGAGGUUAAGGGUUGCUGGAGGGUUAAGGGAAAUUCAUGAUUGAGAAAGACUGUUAGACUGGGCUAGAGAGAGACUGAGAGACUAGAAUGACCAAGAGAUGAAGGAGAAGGGACUGGGACUGACUGGAGGAAGACUGAGGUUAAGGGUUGAUGGAGGGUUAAGGGAAAUUCAUGGUAGAGAAAGACUGUUAGACUGGGCUAGAGAGAGAGACUGAGAGACUGUAGAAUGACCAAGAGGUGAAGGAGAGGAACUGGGACUGACUGGAGAAAGACCCAAAGAACUGUUAUGGGUAGUUAGAGGGGGGUCUGAGGGUAAAGGUUUGAAGAGAGGGAGAGAAUGAAAGGAAGGAAGGAAGGGUAAGGAGAGAGAGAGAGAGGGAGAGAAUGAAAGAAAGAAAAAGAAAGGAAGGAAGGGUAAGGAAAGAGAGAGAGAGAGAGAGGGAGAGAAUGAAAGGAAGAAAGAAAGCAAGAAAAAGAAAGGAAGAAAGGCUAAGAAGAGAGAGGGAGAGAGAGAGAGAGAAUGAAAGAAAGAGAGAAAGAAAGAAAGGAAGGAAUGAUAGGCAGAAGUUGAAAGCAAUCGCAAUACACAAACUUCUAUUUAUUUAUUUUUAUUUAACGAGAGAUUUUACGUGUAGGGACGACCAGCUGUGUGCUCCUUGUGGUGGUGAGGCUAACAACAGUGACAGUAUUGGUGGUGAGGUAUUGGUGGUGAUGACGGAGGUGAUGAGGUGGUGGAGAUGGUACUAAUAAUAACAGUAUUGAUGUAAUGGUGAUGAUGAUGGUUGGUAUGAUAGCCAGUCAUUUGUCAGGGAGAGAGAGAGAGAG